AUGGUUCUGCAGAACAGCGGGCGAUGGCGCGCGGAGCCGGACGCGGACGGCGAGGCCAGCCGGGAUGAUGGCCCUUCUUCCUCAACCUCAGCAAUCAAACGCUUGGAGCGAAGUCAGUGGACAGAUAAGAUGGAUUUGCGGUUUGGUUUUGAGAGGCUGAAAGAGCCUGGGGAGAAGACAGGAUGGCUCAUCAACAUGCAUCCCACCGAGGUUUUAGAUGAAGAUAAGCGCUUGGUCAGUGCGGUAGAUUACUACUUUAUUCAAGACGAUGGGGGAAGAUUUAAGGUGGCGUUACCCUAUAAGCCAUAUUUCUACAUUGCAACCAGAAAGGGCUGUGAACGAGAAGUUUCAUCUUUUCUGUCCAAGAAGUUUCAGGGUAAAAUUGCUAAAGUGGAAACUGUCCCCAAAGAAGAUCUGGACUUGCCAAAUCACUUAGUGGGGUUGAAGCGAAAUUAUGUUAAGCUGUCCUUUAACACCGUGGAGGAUCUUGUCAAAGUAAGAAAGGAAAUUUCCCCUGCAAUGAGGAAGAACCGAGAGCAGGACCAUGCCAGCGACACCUACACAGCUAUGCUCUCCAGUGUUCUGCAAGGGGGAGGAAUAAUUACUGAUGAAGAGGAAACCUCUAAAAAGAUAGCUGACCAGAUGGACAACAUUGUGGACAUGCGAGAGUAUGACGUUCCGUACCACAUCCGCCUCUCCAUUGAUCUGAAGAUCCACGUGGCUCACUGGUACAACGUCAGAUACUGGGGCAAUGCCUUGCCAGUGGAAAUCACCCGCCGAGACGACCUUGUUGAACGACCUGACCCUGUAGUUUUGGCAUUUGACAUCGAAACAACCAAGUUGCCUCUCAAGUUUCCUGAUGCUGAGACUGACCAGAUUAUGAUGAUUUCUUACAUGAUCGAUGGGCAGGGCUACCUAAUCACCAACAGGGAGAUUGUCUCAGAAGAUAUCGAAGACUUUGAGUUCACCCCCAAGCCAGAAUAUGAAGGGCCGUUCUGUGUCUUCAAUGAGCCUGAUGAGGUUCAUCUCAUCCAGAGGUGGUUUGAGCACGUGCAGGAGACCAAGCCCACCAUCAUGGUCACCUAUAAUGGAGACUUCUUUGACUGGCCAUUUGUGGAGGCCAGAGCGGCUGUGCAUGGACUGAGCAUGCACCAGGAGAUAGGCUUCCAGAAAGACAGCCAAGGGGAGUACAAGGCCCCCCAGUGCAUCCACAUGGACUGCCUCAGGUGGGUCAAGAGAGACAGUUACCUUCCUGUGGGCAGCCACAACCUCAAGGCGGCUGCCAAAGCCAAGCUGGGCUAUGACCCUGUGGAGCUAGACCCUGAGGACAUGUGCCGGAUGGCCACCGAGCAGCCCCAGACCCUGGCCACAUACUCAGUGUCAGAUGCUGUGGCCACAUACUACAUGUACAUGAAGUAUGUCCACCCCUUCAUCUUUGCACUGUGCACCAUCAUCCCUAUGGAGCCUGAUGAGGUGCUCCGGAAGGGUUCUGGAACUCUAUGUGAGGCCUUGCUGAUGGUCCAGGCAUUCCAUGCCAACAUCAUCUUCCCCAACAAGCAAGAGCAGGAGUUUAACAAGCUUACAGAUGAUGGCCAUGUGCUGGAUGCCGAGACCUACGUGGGUGGCCAUGUGGAGGCCCUUGAGUCGGGCGUGUUCCGCAGCGACAUCCCCUGCCGGUUCAGGAUGAACCCUGCUGCCUUUGACUUCCUGCUACAGCGGGUUGAAAAGACCAUGCGCCAUGCCAUUGAGGAAGAGGAAAAAGUGCCCAUUGAGCAGGUCACCAACUUCCAAGAGGUGUGUGACCAGAUCAAGACCAGGCUCACCUCCCUGAAAGAUGUUCCAAAUCGAAUUGAGUGCCCCCUUAUUUACCACCUGGAUGUGGGCGCCAUGUACCCCAACAUCAUCCUCACCAACCGCCUGCAGCCAUCUGCCAUGGUGGACGAGGUCACUUGUGCUGCCUGUGAUUUUAACAAGCCUGGAGCAAACUGUCAGCGGAAGAUGGCCUGGCAGUGGAGGGGCGAGUUCAUGCCAGCCAGCCGCAGUGAAUACCACCGCAUCCAGCACCAGCUAGAGUCGGAGAAGUUCCCACCCUUGUUCCCAGAGGGGCCCGCCCGGGCGUUUCAUGAGCUGUCACGGGAGGAGCAGGCCAAGUAUGAGAAGAGGAGGCUGGCAGAUUACUGCAGAAAGGCGUACAAGAAACUCCGUGUCACCCGGGUGGAGCAGCGCCUCACCACCAUCUGCCAGCGGGAGAACUCCUUCUACGUGGACACAGUUCGUGCCUUCCGGGACCGACGCUAUGAGUUCAAAGGGCUGCACAAGGUGUGGAAGAAAAAGCUGUCUGCAGCAGCCGAGAUGGGUGACGCUGCCGAGGUGAAGCGUUGCAGGAACAUGGAGAUCCUGUAUGACUCCCUGCAGCUGGCCCACAAGUGCAUCCUCAACUCCUUCUACGGCUACGUCAUGCGCAAAGGAGCACGCUGGUACUCCAUGGAGAUGGCCGGCAUCGUCUGCUUCACGGGGGCCAACAUCAUCACCCAGGCCCGGGAGCUCAUUGAGCAGAUUGGGCGGCCCUUAGAGCUGGACACAGAUGGAAUAUGGUGUGUCCUGCCCAAUAGUUUCCCAGAAAACUUUGUCAUCAAGACAACCAAUGCGAAGAAGCCCAAAGUGACCGUCUCUUACCCUGGAGCCAUGCUAAACAUCAUGGUCAAGGAGGGCUUCACUAACCACCAGUACCAGGAGCUCGCCGAGCCCUCCUCACUCACCUACAUCACUCGCUCUGAGAACAGCAUCUUCUUUGAAGUUGACGGACCCUACCUUGCCAUGAUCCUCCCAGCCUCCAAGGAAGAAGGCAAGAAGCUGAAGAAGAGGUAUGCUGUGUUCAAUGAGGACGGCUCCCUAGCGGAGCUCAAGGGCUUCGAGGUCAAGCGGCGUGGGGAGCUGCAGCUGAUUAAGAUCUUCCAGUCCUCAGUGUUCGAGGCCUUCCUCAAAGGCAGCACCCUGGAGGAGGUUUAUGGCUCUGUGGCCAAGGUGGCCGACUACUGGCUGGAUGUGCUGUACAGCAAGGCAGCCAACAUGCCAGACUCCGAGCUGUUUGAGCUCAUCUCUGAGAACCGCUCCAUGUCUCGGAAGCUGGAGGACUACGGGGAGCAAAAGUCGACCUCCAUCAGUACGGCCAAGCGCCUGGCUGAGUUCCUGGGUGACCAGAUGGUCAAGGAUGCAGGGCUAAGCUGCCGCUACAUCAUCUCCCGGAAGCCUGAGGGCUCACCUGUCACAGAGAGGGCCAUCCCGCUGGCCAUCUUCCAGGCAGAGCCCACGGUGAGGAAGCACUUUCUCCGGAAAUGGCUCAAGAGCUCCUCCCUGCAGGAGUUUGAUAUUCGCACGGUUGUGAUGAACCAGGCUCCAGAUGGCAGCCAGAGCCCUGGCCCUCCUGACAUGGAAGACUUAGGCAUCAGGAAGCCUCCACACAUGGCAGUUCCCAUUGUCACUAAAAGGAAGCGGGUCCUUUGGGAGAGCCAGGAGGAGUCCCAGGAGCUGGAGCUGACAGUGCCCUGGCGGGAGAUCUUGGGACAGCCCCCUGUGCUUGGCACCACCCAGGAAGAGUGGCUGGUGUGGCUCCGCUUCCACAAGAAGAAAUGGCAGCUACAGGCCCGGCAGCGCCUUGCACGCAGGAAGAGGCGGUGUCUGGAGGGGGCUGAAGGCGUCCCGAGGCCCGGGGUGCUCCGUGAGGGGCCUGCCACAGGCCUAGGGAGUUUCUUGCGAAGAACUGCCCGCAGCAUCCUGGAUCUCCCAUGGCAGAUAGUGCAGAUCAGCGAGACUAGCCAGCCUGGCCUGUUCCGGCUGUGGGCCGUCAUUGGCAGCGACCUGCACUGCAUCAGGCUGAGCAUCCCACGUGUGUUCUAUGUGAACCAGCAGGUGGCGAAAGCAGAGGAAGGGCCCACGUACCGCAAGGUGAACCGCGUGCUCCCUCGUGCCAGCGUGGUCCACAACCUCUAUGAGUACUCUGUGCCUGAGGACAUGUACCAGGAACACAUCAAUGAGAUCAACAUGGAGCUGUCAGCACCAGACAUUGAGGGUGUCUAUGAGACUCAGGUGCCGUUGCUAUUCCGAGCCCUUAUGCAGCUUGGCUGUGUGUGUGUGGUUAACAAGCACCUGGUGAAGCACCUCUCUGGCUGGGAAGCGGAGACCUUUGCCCUUGAGCACCUGGAGAUGCGUUCUCUGGCCCAGUUCAACUAUUUGGAGCCAGGGAGCAUCCGCCAUCUCUACCUGUAUCACCACAUGCAGGGCCACAAGGCCCUCUUUGGGGUCUUCAUCCCCACACAGCGCAGGGCGUCCGUGUUCGUGCUGGACACAGUACGCAGCAACCAGAUGCCAAGCCUCAGUGCCAUGUACUCCUCGGAGCAUGGGCUCCUGCUGGGGCAGGUGGGCCCCGACUUUCUGCCUCCCCCCAAACACACCUUUGAGGUUCGAGCAGAGACCGACUCAAAGACCAUCUGCAGAGCCAUCCAACGCCUCCUGCUUGCCUAUAAAGAGGAGCGCCGUGGGCCCACCCUGGUUGCCGUGCAGUCCAACUGGGAGUUGAGGAGGCUGGUAGGUGAAGUCCCUGUGCUGGAGGAGUUCCCCCUGGUGCCGGUGCGGGUGGCUGAUAAGGUCAGCUAUGCGGUCCUGGACUGGCAGCGGCAUGGGGCACGACAUAUGAUCCGGCACUAUCUUCAUCUGGACACCUACCUGUCCCAGGCCUUUGAGAUGAGCAGGUAUUUCCACAUUCCUGUUGGGAAUCUCCCGGAGGACAUAUCUACUUUUGGCUCCGACCUCUUCUUUGCCCGACACCUGCAGCGCCAUAGCCACCUCCUCUGGCUGUCUCCCACGUCCCGGCCUGACCUUGGUGGCAAGGAGGCCGAUGACAGCCGUCUGGUCAUGGAGUUCAAUGACCACACCACAGUGGAGAUCAACAGCUCGGGCUGCUACUCCACGGUGUGCGUGGAGCUGGACAUCCAGAACCUUGCUGUCAACACUGUCCUCCAGUCGCACCGUGUCAACGACAUGGAGGGAGCCUCCAGUGUGGGCAUCAGCUUCGACGUGAUCCCUCAGGCCUCCCUGGAGGACAUGAUCACUGGCAACCAGGGUGCCUCCAUGCCUGCCAGCUAUGAUGAGACAGCCCUCUGCUCUAGCACUUUCAGGAUCCUGAAGAGUAUGGUGGUGGGCUGGGUGAAGGAGAUCAUGCAGUACCACAAUGUCUAUGCCGACAACCAGGUGAUGCACUUCUACCGGUGGCUGCGGUCCCCGUCCUCCCUGCUCCACGACCCUGCCCUGCACCGCACGCUGCACAGCAUGAUGAAAAAGCUGUUCCUGCAGCUCAUCGCCGAGUUCAAGCGCCUGGGGUCGUCAGUGAUUUACGCCAACUUCAACCGCAUCAUCCUGUGCACGAAGAAGCGCCGCCUCGAGGAUGCCCUUGCCUACGUGGAGUACAUCACCAACAGCAUCCACUCUAAAGAGCUCUUCCAUUCCCUAAGCAUCUCUUUCUCCCGAUGCUGGGAGUUUCUUCUCUGGAUGGACCCGUCUAACUACGGGGGAAUCAAAGGAAAAGUCUCAUCUCGUGUUCACUGUGGGCAGCGAGAGUCCCUGGACGGGGAGGAAGCAGAAAGAGAGCAGGAGGAGGCAGAGGAAGAGGAGGAGGUGGAGGAAGAAGGCUUGGAGGAUGCUGGAGUGGAGGAUUUACUGGAAAACAAUUGGAACAUUUUGCAGUUUUUGCCACAGGCAGCCUCCUGCCAAAGCUACUUCCUCAUGAUUGUCUCAGCAUACAUCGUGGCUGUGUACCACAGCAUGAAGGAGGAGCUGAGACGUGGUGCCCCAGGGAGCACCCCCGUGAAAAGGAGAGGGGCCAGCCAGUUCUCCCAGGAGGCAGAGGGCGCAGCCGGAGCCCUGCCUGGAAUGAUCACCUUCUCUCAGGACUAUGUGGCAAACGAGCUCACCCAGAACUUCUUCACCAUCACUCAGAAGAUCCAGAAGAAAGUCACAGGCUCUCGGAACUUGACGGAGCCCUCAGAGAUGUUCCCUCAGCUCCCAGGUUCUCACCUCGUGCUCAACAACCCAGCCCUGGAGUUCAUCAAGUACGUGUGCAAGGUGCUGGCCCUGGACACGAACAUCACGAACCAGGUGAACAAGCUACGCCGGGAUCUGCUGCGUCUGGUGGGCGUUGGUGAGUUCUCGCCGGAGGCACAGUUCCAAGACCCCUGCCGCUCCCACGUGCUCCCGGAGGUCAUCUGCCACAGCUGCAAUUUCUGCCGGGACCUGGACCUGUGCAAGGACUCUGCCUUUGCCCAGGACGGGGCGGUCCUGCCUCAGUGGCUCUGCUCCAACUGUGAGGUGCCCUAUGAUCCCACCACCAUUGAGGCAGCCCUGGUGGAUGUGCUGCAGAAGAAGCUGAUGGCCUUCACACUGCAGGACCUGGUCUGCCUGAAGUGUAGCGGUGUGAAGGAGACCCACAUGCCCAUCCACUGCAGCUGUGCGGGUGACUUUGCCCUCACCAUCCAUACCAAGGUCUUCAUGGAGCAGGUUGGAAUCUUCCGGAACAUUGCCCAGCACUAUGGCAUGUCUUACCUCCUGGAAACCCUGGAGUGGCUGUUGCAAAAGAGCCCCCCACUGGGCCACUAA